UCUCGUUUCUCUCUCUCCCGUCACCUGGAGAGCAAAGAAACGGACUUGCUCUAAGGAUUACUUCUUGUAUUUCUCGGUGAGGAUCUUUCUCUAUUUAAUCAGGUAAAUUUGUUUGAUCUCGAAACGAUUCACGGCUUUGAAUGCGCAGAAAUUGCUGUUUUGUUUUUGUUAUAGCUGAUUCUUUUCGGUUGUGUGAUUUGGGGAAUCAAAACUCGUGAAAUGGGUUUAACGUUUGAUUUUGAAUUAUGGGUUGCGUGAAUUUUAUCUGCAUGCCAUGGAUUUGGUCAUUUUUCUGCACAAUUGAUUGAAAAUUUUGGGUUUUGUUCAUGUGGCGCCUAAAUUUGAUUAUUUCUAUGUUUGGGAUUAUGCGAAGUUUGUUUUUUUUUUUUUUUAUAUUUAUUUUCCUUUUCUAUUUUAUAUGUAGAGUCAUUGGGCAAGUAGGAUUUUUCAGUCAAGUCAAAUUUUGUGUUUGUUUUGGGUUUGGCUAUUGGGGGUUUCUGGUUUUUGCCGUUUGACUUCGGAAUUGGAUGUUUUUGUAUUUUUUUACAAAAUGUAAUUCAUGUUAGAUAACUGGGUUUUGCAAUUGGGAAAUGCUACAUGUGAUAUCUAGUCUUAGAAGAGGAUGGAGUGCGAGGAAUCAUAAGGAAAUGCCAGAAAGAGAUAAACUUCAUGGAAAUUAGUCUCACAUAGGAAAAUUUUUGACUUGCAAGAGACUUCUCGAGAGAUCAAUUCUGUUGGUGCCUUUCACAUUCUUGAUCUGUCAUGAUAUAGAAUUAUGAGUCUACUCAAAGAAGCUUCUGAUGAUACUUCUCUGACUCUGGGAAGGGGAUCUUCAAGGCGCAAGGGUGAUGCGUCGAAACAUGUGGCAGAAACUCUAGCAAAGUGGAAAGACUACUUUGAUAAACUUGAGUCCACACGUGGCAAUGGUGAGUUAGUUCGGAAGGCUCCUGGAAGAGGAUCAAAGAAGGGAUGUAUGAAGGGGAAAGGAGGUCCGGAGAAUGCCCGUCACAAUUACAGAGGUGUCAGGCAGAGGACCUGGGGGAAAUGGGUUGCUGAAAUUCGGGAACCCAAAAAGGGUAGUAGACUAUGGUUAGGUACAUUUGGUACUGCAAUUGAAGCUGCCCUUGCAUAUGAUAGAGCUGCAAGAGUAAUGUAUGGUCCUUCUGCUCAUCUCAACCUCCCGAACUGUAACGCGUAUAGAGAUACGGCUGAUGAGCCUUCUUUGGAGCUCACAAUGUGGGGACGUGAAUCAACAGUUGUGACCUCCCCUGCUGAUCAUGCUGCUGAGGGUUCAAAAGCUUCAUCUGAAACAAGUGAUCAGAGUGCAGAUGAGCCCAGUUUUACUGGGAAAGAGCCAAUGGUGCCUGGCUUACAGGAGUCCACUUCCUUGCUUUACCAUGUUGAAAGUGAGGUUGUGCAGGGGAAUAGUCAGUCAGGUUCAGAGAAUGAUGCACCUAAGAUUGUGUUGGAUGUUCCAGUAAAAGAAGAAGCAGACAUUGAGCUGAUAGAUGAAGCACGCAAGUUGGUCUACAAGCAUAGCGCUGAAAAAUCAUCAAGUGAAAGCAUGAUGGCCAAGGAACUGGAGGAAUCAGACAGUAAUUCUGAAGGUGGUGAGGAGCAGAUGUCAUUGGCCAAAUGGGUUGCAGAAAUUCGGAAUCGGAAUCUGAGAGAAAGACUCCAAAUUGGAGCAAAUGGCAAUGCUAGAUCAACCAAUGCUGCUGCUUCUGCAUGGCUGAAGCUCUCAAAUUCCUAUUCCCUUUGA